ACAGGGGGAAAAGAAAAAGGGGGGGCUGGGCCUGGCGAGCUAACCGAGGCUAGAGGAGGCUGGACGGCUCCGCGGGGGUGGUGUCGCGGAGGGCUGCGGGGCUGAGGCGUCCAGGGGUCACGCUACUCUCCAGGAAGUGCCUGCGCCGGUGCUGCAGGUCAGGAUCAUGGGCUGCUUUUUCUCCAAGGAGAGGAAGACUAAGAAGGAGUCGCGGCCCGAGAGCGAGGAGGAGCGGCCCAAGCAGUACAGCUGGGACCAGCGCGAGAAGGUUGAUAUAAAAGACUACAUGUUCAAUGGGCUGAAAGAUGAAACAGUAGGUCGCUUACCUGGGAAAGUGGCAGGACAACAAUUUUUCAUUCAAGACUGUGAGAACUGCAACAUCUAUAUUUUUGAUCACUCUGCUGCAGUUACCAUCGAUGACUGUACUAACUGCAUAAUUUUUCUGGGACCUGUGAAAGGCAGUGUGUUUUUCCGGAAUUGCAGAGAUUGCAAGUGCACAUUAGCUUGCCAACAGUUUCGUGUUCGGGAUUGCAGAAAGCUGGAAGUCUUUUUGUGCUGCGCCACUCAACCCAUUAUUGAGUCAUCUACAAAUAUCAAAUUUGGCUGUUUUCAGUGGUACUACCCUGAAUUAGCUUCCCAGUUCAAAGAUGCAGGGCUAAGUAUCUUCAAUAACACGUGGAGUAAUAUUCAUGACUUUACGCCUGUGUCAGGAGAACUCAACUGGAGCCUUCUUCCAGAAAAUACCGUGGUUCAGGACUAUGUUCCUAUUCCUACUGCUGAAGAAUUCAGAGCUGUUCGUGUUUCCACAGAAGCCAAUAGAAGCAUCGUUCCCAUAUCAUGGGGUCAGAGACAGAAGAACAGUGAUGAAUCAUGCUUAGUGGUAUUAUUUGCUGGUGAUUAUACUAUUGCAAAUGCCAGGAAACUAAUUGAUGAGAUGGUUGGUAAAGACUUUUUCCUAGUUCAGACAAAGGAAGUGUCCAUGAAAGCUGAAGAUGCAAAAAGGGUUUUUCGGGAAAAAGCACCCGACUUCCUUCCCCUUCUGAACAAAGGUCCUGUGAUUGCCUUGGAGUUUAAUGGAGAUGGUGCUGUAGAAGAAUGUCAACUUAUUAUAAACAAGAUAUUCAAUGGGACCAAGAUGUUUGUAUCAGAAAGCAAGGAGACAGCAUCUGGAGAUGUAGACAGCUUCUACAACUUUGCUGAUAUACAGAUGGGAAUAUGAAGUGCAAUGUGGAACCAAGGACUUGGUAUUAAGCCCUUUCCAACUCUUGUGUAUAAAGUUUGAUAAUCUGCUUUUGUGUAUUUGCAGUGAUUUCUACUAAUGCUAAAAUUGUUAAAUGUUAUUUUUAACAACAUUGAAUACUGCAUCAUUUUAAUAAUUCAUUGGAUACUGCAACUAUCAAAAUAGUUCAAUUAAAUAGUUUCAGUCUGCUUAAAAACUAUUUAGCCCACUUCAGUAAGCUCGCAGUUUUCCUUUGCUUAUAAUACUCUUAUUAGAAAAUAAAGUGACUACCAGUUCAUUAUUUUAAUCCUAAUUGAAUGUACUUUCAAAUCUCUAAUAAUUUAAAUUUUCCAACUUUCCUCAGUGCUCCAUGAUAUUUGUGUGAGAAUACAUUUCACUGCUUAUUUUAUCUUUUUAAUUUAGAGGGAUUUUUUACUGUUUGUUUGGUUAAAAUGAACCCAUUUUUUCAUGUAUACAUAUCUAGUUAAAUAAUUGCCUCCUAGUUGCAUUAAAUGGCUAAUGAGGCUUUGUACAUGAAUUGACAUACUACUUUUUAAAGAAAUAAGUGGUACAUGGGUAUAGUCCUAGCCAAUCGAAAGGCUGAGGCAGGAAGAUCGCUUAAGCUCAGGAGUUUGAGGAUCGCCUGGGCAACAAAACUAAAACAACAACAACAACAAAAAAAUAGGCAUUUGAUAACUAGCUUUGCAAAUAAGUCUAAUAAAUUAUGUUGGCAUAGCAUUGUAAGACUUCCCCAUAAGUAGUAUGACCAUUUGAAUAAAUUGCACAAUAUUUUCUUUAAGUACAACUGUUAGAUGUCUCUUCUGCUUCUGGUAAGAGAAGGUAUAUGCAAUAGUAAAACUAUAGAAGCCUAACUACCAGCAGUUUUUUAAAAGGUGAUUACUGUUUGAUCAGCCAUCUCCUGGGCUACCAAGAGAUUCAGAACAAAACUUUGUGACUUUGAAAUAAGCAUGAUGAUAAGCUAUGCAGAUUAUUGAAAAGCUUGCUACAUUUAUCAAAUAAUGUAAAUAUAAUAGAAUUAUUUUGGUUGCUUUCAAAGCAUUAUUUCUCAAAUCCACCUGAUCAUAGUACUUUUCCAGGAGGCAGGGUAGAACUAUUUAUUCAAAAAUCCACAUUCAUGGGCUGGGGAUUUAGCUCAGUGGCACUGCGCCAACCUCGUAAGCACAAGGUCCUGAGUUCAAUCCCUGGUACCACAAAAAAAAAAAAUCCACAUUCUUGGACCCAGUCCUCAGAUGCACAGAUUCAAUCUUUAGGUGAAACUCUUUCAAGGGCUAUGGUAUAAUCAGUUCAAAGGGUGUUGAUAGGUUGAUCAUGUGUGAAGGUGCUGAACCUGUCAUCCACAAAACAUAUAGCCACUAAUAGGAAAAUAGCUUCCAUGAGCCUAUUUUAUUUAUUUAUUUUUCCAGUACAGGAAAUCAAACUCAGAGCCUCACACAGGCUAGGCAAGUGUUCUACCACUAAGCUGCAUGCCAGCCCCAUAAGCCUAUUUUUAAAGGGUCUAUUUUAAAAUUUGAAAUGUAAUUCUAUUUUGAUAAAACUAAGACCAAAAAUAGCCACUUGUAAAAAUUAUUUGUUUGAUUGUUACUAAAAAUACCUUUUUUUUUUUUUGGCGGAACC